GUUUGUCAGGCUGCAGGCACCCUCCCGCAUGGAGUUGUUGUACUGAACCCGGAGCUCGCGUUUGGGCACAUUUCGUGCCAGGAGUGGAUCUGGAAAAAUUCAUCAUUCACCUCUCGAAUCAUCAGCAUCGUCUGGGAUGAAGCCCAUUGCGUUAAGGCGUGGGGGAAGUUUCGCCCAGACCUAGCGACAUCUGGCAGGUUGCGCAGCAUGCUACCUCUGAAGACACCAUACCUCAUUCCCUCUGCAACGCUCCCUCCA